AUGUCCACAGUUGGUGUUGUUGGUGCUGGAUUAGUUGGUUGUUUAGCAGCUCUUGGAUUAUCGAAAAAGGGUUAUAAAGUUACAAUUUUAGAAUUAAGAGAUGAUCCAAGAAAAUCUCAAAAUAAAAAUUUAAGAAGUAUUAAUCUAGCUGUUUCAAAUCGUGGUAUUAAUGCUUUGGAAUAUGUUGAUCCAGAAUUGGCUGAAAUUGUUCUUUCAAAAGUUAUUCCAAUGACUGGUCGUAUGAUUCAUAAUUUAGAAGGUGUUCAAACAAGUCAAAAUUAUGGAUUAACUGGUAAAGAAGCUAUUAAUUCCAUUGACAGAUCUUAUUUGAAUGAAUUAUUGUUGAAUGAAGUGGAAAAAGCUGGUAUCACUUUAAAAUUUAAUCAUAAAUUAGAUAGAAUUGAUUUUAAUAAUGAUAAUGGAAAUCCAAUAUUAAAAUUCAUAGGUAAUGAAAUUGAACCAUUAGAAUUUGAUUUUAUUAUUGGAGCAGAUGGUUCUUUUUCAAAAGUUCGUCAAAAUUUACAAAAAUUUAUAAGGAUGGAUUAUCAACAAGAAUAUAUUGAUUGUGGUUAUUUAGAAUUAUCAAUUCCUGGUGGUGGUCCCCAACAAAAUGAAUUCUUAUUAGAUAAGAAUCAUUUACAUAUUUGGCCAAGAGAUAAAUUUAUGCUAAUUGCAUUAGCCAAUUUAGAUGGUUCAUUUACUUCAACUUUUUUCGCUCCAUGGGAUAUAUUAGAAAAAUUAAGUAACGAUGAUGCUGUUUUAGAAUUUUUUGAAAAAUAUUUUAAAGAUUCAGUUGAAUUAAUUGGUAAAGAUCAUUUAUUAAAAUGUUUUAGAGAUCAUCCAAGAGGUUCAUUACUUACAUUAAAUUGUAAACCUUAUCAUUUUGCCAAUAAAGUAAUUGUAAUUGGUGAUGCUGCACAUUCAAUGGUUCCAUUUUAUGGUCAAGGUAUGAACUGUGGUUUUGAAGAUGUUUAUGUGUUAUUGAAAUUAUUAGAACAAGAAAAAGAUGUUGGAGCUGCCUUCUCUAAAUAUUCAGAAACAAGAUAUAAAGAUCUUGCUUCAAUUCUUGAAUUAGCUAAAGAAAAUUAUAAAGAAAUGUCACAUAAAGUUAAUUCCAAAGUGUUUUUAUUGAAAAAACAAAUUGAUUUCAUUUUAACACGUAUCCUUAAGGAUAAAUGGUUACCAUUAUAUACCAUGAUUUCAUUUAGACAAGAUAUUAUGUAUUCAAAAGCUGUUGAAGUUCAUCAAAGACAAGAUAAGAUUUUAAAAAUCAUUCAAAAUGUGAUUCUUGGAGCUGCUGUUUUCGGUGCUUCCAGAGUGUACAAGUACCUAACACAGAAAUGA